GGUUAAUUAGUAACAAGUGUCUCUCCUCCCAGCGAGAGGCCAGACGUGAUGUGUGUGUUUGCGUAGCGAUACCACAGAAAUAGGAACAGGAAGCCGACUUCACAAAAAAGACAAUUCAAAGAGGGGUUUGGUGCGUGUAUGAUGGUUUCAACCAGGACAGGACCUUUAGCCCGGAGGCCCGACAAUUCGGCCUUCAAGCAGCAGCGUCUGCCUGCCUGGUCGCCCAUGCUAACUGCUAGCACGGUGCUGCCUUUCUUCUUCUUCAUGGCUCUGAUAUGUUUGCUGCUGGGAGUGUGGCUGCUGCUCACUGUGCAGAGCGUACAGGAAGUCCGGGUGGACUACACAGACAUCGGCGCGUGUGCCGUUUGUCACGACAUGCGUAAGAACGUGAGCAACGCGGCAACGCUCUGCACUUGCAAACUGGACUUUCGCAUCAACAAGGCCCUGAAGGGUGAUGUCUUUUUCUACUAUGGCCUCCAAAACUUCCACCAGAACCUGCGCAGGUACAUGGACUCCAGGGACGACGGGCAGACGGUGGGCAGGAAGACCAACCUGAAGAAACCAAGUUCUUACUGCAAACCAUUCGCCACCAAUGACAAAGGACUGCCCAUCGCUCCCUGUGGCGCUGUAGCCAACAGUAUCUUUAACGAUACAUUUAUUUUCAAAUAUCACAGGACAGCCGCCUCCGAAGACACGCUGCCUUUGUUACGGAAGGGCAUCAGCUGGUACACGGACAAAAACGUCAAGUAUCGCAACCCUCAGACGGACAACUUGAGCCUCGCUGAAGUCUUCCAAGGCACGGCCCCGCCUCCCUACUGGCAGAAGCCCGUUUACGAGCUGGACGUCCAGGACCCCAUCAACAACGGCUUCAUCAACGAGGACCUCAUCGUGUGGAUGAGGGAGGCGGCCUUCCCCAACUUCAAGAAGCUCUACGCCGUCUUACACCGCGCCAACAAGCCUUUCCAAAGCGGCCUGCCCAAAGGCAACUACAGCGUGGAGAUAGCCUACAACUUCCCGGUGCAGUACUUCCGUGGCAGAAAGCAGGUGGUCCUGACCACGCUGAACUGGUUCGGAGGGCCCAACCCGUUCCUGCCCAUCGCCUACCUGGUCACCAGCGGCCUGGUCCUGCUGGCGGCCGUCACCCUCACCGUGGUCUGGUGCAAGUUUGGCAAAGAGGGAAAGAACAUGGAGGAGUGACGGGUAAGAGGAAGGACUUGAUGGAUGAAAAGCUGCUUGCUUUUGAAUGAACUAUAUAUCUUUAUCAAAACUACGCUGUGUUACUCAGGGAUGGAUUUUGGAGACUUACAUUUUUGAAAAUGUCCAGUGGGAUAGUCUGUGGGCCUCUACAUCCAUGCAUUUUUUGUGCUUAUGUACAGUAUGUACAGUAUAUACCCUCCUAAAACCAGCGUCAUUUGCAGUGGACAUUUGGUUAUAGUCUUUCUUUUGGCAGUUGAAUUAAAAAAUAAUACUAAAAAAAGCCCUUUUAUGCAAAACGCAAAUGCCUAAUGUAGAGGACAAUAGUUCUCAAGAUAUUCUGAAAUAUAAAAUUUUACUCUGCAGGAAAAUAGCCCUUUAGGAGGAACUUUUUAAAUACAUUUGUACUUAAUGACUUUUUUUUUUAACAAUGAUACAAAGCAGUGUUUCUUUAACUUUUUUUUUUACGAGUACCACCUCAGAAAACACUUAGCACUCCAAGCACCAGCAUAAUGACCAAUGUUAACAUACAGUAGCGUAGUAGGCCUAAGUAUUCAUUAAAAACAAGGCAGAGGUGUUGUUUUACAUAUUGGAUAUUAUUGGCCACUGUAACAUUACACACAGUUUGAACAGUAACACUGUUUUUAAACGUAGGGAAAUAAAACACUGUACUUUAAUCAAGUGAUUCUUUGACAUACCACAGUUUGGGAAUCACUGCUAUAAAGCAGCAGUAAUUUCCAUAUAUAGAUAUAGAUAUAUAUACUGUAUAUAUAUAUAUAUAUAUAUAUAUAUAUAUAUGUAUAUAUAUAUAUACACUACCGUUCAAAAGUUUGGGGUCACAUUGAAAUGUCCUUAUUUUUGAAGGAAAAGCACUGUACUUUUCAAUGAAGAUAACUUUAAACUAGUCUUAACUUUAAAGAAGUACACUCUAUACAUUGCUAAUGUGGUAAAUGACUAUUUUAGCUGCAAAUGUCUGGUUUUUGGUGCAAUAUCUACAUAGGUGUAUAGAGGCCCAUUUCCAGAAACUAUCACUCCAGUGUUCUAAUGGUACAAUGUGUUUGCUCAUUGGCUCGGAAGGCUAAUUGAUGAUUAGAAAACCCUUGUGCAAUCAUGUUCACACAUCUGAAAACAGUUUAGCUCGUUACAGAAGCUACACAACUGACCUUCCUUUGAGCAGAUUGAGUUUCUGGAGCAUCACGUUUGUGGGGUCAAUUAAACGCUCAAAAUGGCCAGAAAAAGAGAACUCUCAUCUGAAACUCGACAGUCUAUUCUUGUUCUUAGAAAUGAAGGCUAUUCCACAAAAUUGUUUGGGUGACCCCAAACUUUUGAACGGUAUUGUAUAUAUAUAUAUAUAAGUAUAUAUAUUAGUUUUUUUAAAUCAAUAAAUCACACUCAAGGCCUUUGUGAUAAAAACCGUCAAUAACUAAGAUUUUUUUUCCUCACUUUGAAUCGUUUGUCUAAAACGCAUCAGCCUGUAAUAUAAAUAUUCACUAUAAUCAGAUUUUUUUAUCAUUUAAAGGCCAGUAUAUUUUACAAAAAAUAUUUAAACUAAAAGAAAAAUGUACACAAAAAUUAUCCUCGACGCACACUUGUAUUAGUCUGUUUUUCGACUGUUAUAGGUAUUUUUUAAAAUUUUAUUUAGAAAAAAAAAGUUAUUUAGAAAACAGUAAUAAGUGAUAGAUGUUGCUGCCUGCAUUGAACGGGGAAAAGUAGCGCCAUCUGGCGGA